ACGAUCCAAAGCACAGUUCAACUCGAAAAAACUCGUGAUGAUAACCAAACAAAGCCUCGCUCGGGCAAACCACGCAAGAUCACUGAAGAGGAGCGAGAUCGGAUUGUUGAACUGACAAUGUCAAAUCCAAGUAUAACAUAUGAAGAGCUUAUGAAAGAGAUUGAUGCGGAUAUUCACCGAACCACUCUCAGGAGAUUACUUCAAUCCAUACAUAAGCCCAAA